AUGGUUGUUAAGCAAGUGAAAUUUGGAAACACAGGUUUGAAAAUCUCCCCAGUUAUUGUGGGAUGUAUGUCCUACGGUUCGAAAACUUGGUCUCCUUGGGUGAUGGAAGACAAGGAGGAAGUUUUCAAGAUUUUGAAAUACUGUUACGACCAAGGUAUUCGUACUUUCGACACUGCAGAUGUUUACAGUAACGGUAAAAGUGAGCGCUUGCUGGGUGAGUUUUUGAAACGCUACAACAUCAAUAGAGAAACGGUUGUUAUCUUGUCUAAGGUCCGUUUUGCCGUUGAUGAAUCAUUGACUCUACCUUUGAGCACCCUUUACGGUACUGACGAACAAACUGCUUUGACAUUGGCCAACCAAGGUGGUCUAUCACGUAAGCACAUCAUGGAUGGUGUUGCUAAAUCUGUCGAAAGAUUAGGAACCUACAUUGAUGUUCUUCAGAUCCACAGAAUGGAUUACGAUACCCCAAUGGAGGAGACCAUGAAGGCUUUGAAUGAUGUCAUUGAACGUGGUGACGUUAGAUACAUUGGUGCAUCCACCAUGAAGGCUACCGAGUUCGCAGAAAUGCAAUUCGUUGCUGAGAAGCACGGUUGGUUUAAAUUCUCCAGUUGGCAAUCUAUGUACAACUUGUUGUAUCGUGAGGAUGAAAGAGAGGUUAUUCCUUUCGCCAAGAAGCACAAUGUUGCGCUAAUUCCAUGGUCCCCAAACAACAGAGGUCUAUUGACAAGACCAUUUGGACAAACUACUGCAAGAUCCGAUGCUGACCCUCGUUUGCACGAUGUUACCGAGGCUGAUAAAGAAAUCAUCAAGCGUGUUGAAAAGGUUGCAAAAGAUAAGGGUUUGAGUAUGGCUCAAGUCUCUUCUGCUUGGGUCUUGAGCAAGGGCUGUUAUCCUAUCAUCGGUUUGAGUUCUGUUGAACGUGUAAAGGAGGCUAUUGGUGCUAUUGAUAUCACAUUCACUGAAGAGGAAUCGGCUUAUCUAGAGGAGCCAUAUCAACCAAAAAAGCAACAGUGA